GCCUCUAUUGAUUUAACAUUACAAUGUUAAAUUUAAAAAUUAAUUAAAAGAGUUCGUUACUAACAGUGCCGAUUGUAUGAGUUAUCGAUAAGGUAGUGCUUUAAGUAUCGCAACAUCGUGACGACGACUUAUCGAUAUGCUGUUCACAUAUCUAGCUGAAAUCGUGAGCAAAUUUUUUGUUUCAGCACAAAAAACUAAAGCAAAGCCUACCUAAAUCGUCGUGCUAAUAUAAUAACAAUAACAACAAGUGUUUGGGCCCAGUGAUUAAAAGUGACCAAAACAUAUAGAAAAGGAACUGAAAGAACAGCAAAGUGCAGUGUGGUGUGUGGUGCGUAAACCAGACAAGCUGAGAGUGAGUGCAUAAUUUACAGUUGGCCUUCCGCUGCGCAACAACAAAGGCAUCGUGAACGACGACCCACACGCUUACGCACACACUGACGCACUCGCACACACACCAUUACAGUGUGAAACGGGCGUUUGUACAUAUGCAUAUAUGCGCAUAGAUUGCGAUACCUGUGAUUGUGUGUUGUUUGUCACCAAUUAACAACAAAUACGUUCACUUCCACACACAUAUACACACCCGCGUGCGCGCUAAAACUAACAAUAAUUUGGAGAUGGGGCUACUGCUGUCGCGUCUCUGGCGUAUGUUUGGCAACGAGGAGCACAAACUGGUAAUGGUUGGCCUUGACAAUGCGGGCAAAACAACAAUAUUGUAUCAGUUUCUGAUGAACGAAGUUGUCCACACGAGUCCCACGAUUGGCUCCAAUGUCGAGGAAGUGGUCUGGCGGAACAUACACUUUCUAGUGUGGGACUUGGGUGGCCAGCAGAGUUUGCGUGCCGCGUGGAGCACAUACUACACCAAUACAGAACUCGUGAUAAUGGUGAUCGACUCAACGGAUCGCGAACGUUUGGCUGUUACACGCGAAGAGCUCUAUCGGAUGCUGCAGCACGAAGAUCUGAGUAAAGCCAGCCUGCUCGUCUAUGCCAACAAACAGGAUCUAAAGGGAUCAAUGUCAGCGGCCGAAAUCUCCAGGCAACUGGAUCUCACGUCCAUCAAGAAACACCAAUGGCACAUCCAAGCGUGUUGUGCGCUAACGGGCGAGGGAUUGUAUCAGGGCUUGGAAUGGGUUGCGCAGCGCAUUAAAAACAAAUGACAGACAAACAGGCAGACGCAGAUACAGACGCAGCUAGUUUAUAGUUAAACAAUUAAUUUAGGCAAAUAAAUCAAUUUUUUAUAUAAUUAAUUGUAAAUGUAAAGACAUAACUAAUUAUACGAAUGAGAAAGCGAAAUCGAAAGCAAGAGCGAGAGCGAAAGCGAAAUGUCGAAAGAGAAUUGUUUGAAGAGAAGCUUCACACACUUAUGUAUGUCAAAAAAGCCCCUCAAUAAAAUUAAAUAUAUAUUAUGUAUAUGUAUAUGUUAUGAACUAAGCAGCCAAUUAAAUAACUUCCAAUAAAUUUAUAAAAUAAACAAGUUUUUAUUUACGAAAAUUUCGGUUUUUAAAUACAGAAUUGGACGUAUUUUAUUUGCUCUGUUAUCAAAGAGAACGAAUGAGGAGUACAUGAAUUCUAAUUGACGUUGUUCUUGUUCUUGUUGUUUGUGUAAUGUGAUGUGUGAGAUUGUUUUGU